AUGGGCCGUUCCAACGGAGGCGCUCUGCUGGUUAUGGGCGACGCGAACGACGGGUGCCCCAGCGGAACGGCCGUUCUUGAGAACAGUGUCCUUGCUAGCAACAAGGCGCAGGAUUACGGAGGCGCCGUGUACGUCGGCGAAGGCGGCCUCGCCUAUUUGGUCUCGACGCAGUUCAGCGGCAACAGCGCCGGCGCGCCCGCGCCCACGAGCGCGCGCGCGGGCGGCGCGGUCGCGGUCCAGGGCGGGCGCGCGUUCUUCGACGCCGCGGUCUUCACCGCAAACGCCGAUCAGUCGCGCGGCCUUCUCCCCGAUCGCUCCCCCCUCCGUGACGUCAUCCAACCAGGGCGUGACGUCAUCUCGGAGUACCUGCAAGCCGCCCCCCUGCCUGAUGACCUCUCCCUCUCCCUUCCCACAAAAUUCCCCGUCACCGUCACCGCAGACGUCACCAACCCCAUCGCCGCUGACGUCAGUUUCGCCCUCUCCGGGGUCAUCCCCCUCUCCCUCUCCCUCUGCUUCGCCUCCCCCGGGGACCUCCCCCGAACCCUCUCCUUCCUCUCCGCCGCUGACGUCACCGUCCCCGUCACCGCUGACGCCACCUUCGCCGUCAGCUUCACCAAACCCGGAGGGAUCCCCCGAGCCCUCUCCGUCUGCUUCGCCGUAUCCGGAGGGAUCCCCCGAGCCCUCUCCUUCUGCGUCGCCCAACCCGGAGGGAUCCCCCGAGCCGUCCCCUUCUUCCUGGCCAACGCUGUCACCUCCUCCUGA